GCACCGCUGCUCGGGCCCACGCGCAAGCUCGAGCGCUGCGCCCUCCCCCGCAGGGCAAGCGCAAAGAGAUCUCGACCACCAUGGGCACCGACAAGCAGGCGCUCGACAAGCGCCAGAAGGCUAUGGUCAAGGCCGAGAGCGACAGCGACGAUGACGAGUCGGGCAGCAGCUACAGCUACACGUCGGAGGAACAGGCGGCUGCGGGUGCUGCGCCUUCAAACCCAGCGACUACCAAGCUGGGCGAGCUUGUCAAUGUGCUGGCUAUCUUGCAGGGCUGGAAGGCGGCGGACCACGCCUGGCUCAAGCACUGGGACACCCCGCUCAAGGAGUGCAUCAAGAACCUGAUGAUAUACGAGAAGGUCCUGAAAGAGAUGGUACAGGGCGGGUCUUCGAAGGAGUUCCCCAAAGCCUGCACGGCGAUCGAGGACGCAACGAAGCUGCACGGCAACCUCGUGCCGAUCAUGCAGUCCGUGGCGGCGGCGCUCGAGAGCGCUAAGAAGAAGUAGGAGCAGGCUGCAGGUUACCCCCAGCACCCGCCUCGGGAAGGAGGCUGCGCUUUUCUUUCAGCGUCACAAUGCUGCC